AUGUCGAUCAAGCUUGAUAAGGUUCUUUCUCACCGUUUGUCGGAGCUCAACGAUCCUAUAUCAGUCAAGCUCAAGACACUGCUGAAUCGAAACCACAACGAGCACGCCAUUCUUCGCGAUCCCCGAUUAAUUUUGCAUAAUCAUGUGCCGCAUGCUCUUGGGUCGUCUUAUCUUCUCGGCGCGACAGACUCGCAAUUACAGCACAUCUUCGACGUCGAAUCCCCUAAUCUGGUGGAGCCUGACGAUAAGCGGAUCAUACACGAAGAGAUCACCACGUCCAACUGGAGAAAGUUUCUGGGGCAAAAGCCAUACACUGCGGCCUAUGCCGCAUUCUUUGAUGGUGAAGUUGCGAAACAUGGCGCAGACUGGAGGAGGGUCGUAGAAGACUAUGUCUGGGCUGGACCUGAGCCAAUUAUCAAUGGUUUCUCUGGAGGGCUCAGCCACCCCUUUAUCCAUCUUGCCUACGCGUACGAGUUCGAUGACGAAAAGGUCGCCACGGAGGCCUUGAGUAUGGGCUGUACCGAGUACGAUCCUACGCACGAAAUUCUGGACAACCCUCCACUGGACUCGUCGACCUACAAGACCAGAAGCAUCAAGGAAGUCCUUGGUCGUAUCCGUGGUGACAAGAGAUUUGACGGCUACGUUGAUUCUCCAGGAUUCGUAAACCUAUUCACCCUCCUCGGCAUGUUCAGAUUUGAAGUCGUUGAGCAUUGGAACGCGUGGGUCGUCGAGGAUCCAGACGCGCAGCUUGGGGAUUGCGCAAAGAUGGCGGCCGAGCUAUUCAUGGAAACGCGCAAUAACGAGGAGGGCAUGUUCGAUUUCUACGUGGCUCAUAUUCUAACGUUUGCGCAUGCUUUGCGCGUCCUCUUUCCCCUCUGGUCGCAUGAGCAGAAGGUCUCGGUGUUGCGGCAGUACGGGCUUUGGACGAUUAUGGUGUAUGUCGCACAGCUUCGACCAGGCCUCGAUUGGAAGGAAGAAGGGUUGUCCAAGGGUGACAAACCCCCUGCGUGGGACAUUAUCUUCAGGAACUCAUUGAACAGCAAGUGGAUGACUGAUGUGCACUUCCCCAAGAUUGUUAGGGGGAUGAAGGUGGUUGAGGAGACUUGGGGGGCGUCAGACGGGCUGUAUCGACGAGCUGCCGACGCGUUCGUGGAAAGGUUUAACGGAUGGGGAGGAUAUGGCAUGGGUGUACAAGCUGCGUUUGGGCUUACCGGUGUUGCUUAG